AUGUUAAAGGGUCUGCGUAAACGCAUUUUUGAGGACAUCACCUUUACUGCGGCUAUCUCCACACCAAGAGCUGUUUUAGUUUCCUGCCUUGAGGACAAGUUCGUCUUCUUUGAUUCCUCCUCCCUCAAAAAGUCUUCUUAUCGGGUCGAAGGCUCUUCUAGAUGUGUAGUCAUGGAUUUCGCUCGUGCAACCACUAACAUAUUCCUUUCCGGAGAUUUUGAUGGCAUUGUACGCCUAUGGGAUCUUCGUAAUCCUCGACAUCCUACUAGUGCUUCCAGAGCAGGUCGCAGUUUUCUGCCCAUGGGCGCUACGUUUAAUGCUGCAGCAGUCAGCGCUGAUGCAAGCCUUGUUUGUGCCGGUUCGUGUGCGGUAGCAGGCAAGCGAAAGCAUAUCGACAAAAUGGGCAAGAAGAGCAAGCGCCCGCGCAAAAGCCUUGAUGGGGACAUCAAUGAUAGCGGAGACGGCGAUGAACGCGAUGUUGAUAGUGGAGGGGAGCCCUCUGCUUAUUUGGUUUACUGGGAUACGCGGUGGAUGGAGCAACCUCUACUAAUGCUGAAUGACAUUCACUCCGACGAUGUGAACCAUCUCGUAUUUGAAACAAAUUCCACUCAUGCGCCCUCCAGGCUGCUUAGUUGUGCUGAUGAUGGUCUGGUGUGCCUGACUGAUCCCACUGCUCCUCCUGAGGACAGGCUAAUUGAGGUAUUUAACGCGGAAUGUCAGGCCAACUACUGUGGGUUCCUCAAUCCUGCUGUCUCCACAGACGCCAAUAUCGGUAUCUAUGCCUUCUACAACAUGCGUUCUCACGUCACAGUGUGGCCGUUAGCUUCAGAGGAGAUUGAUUCCCAGUGGCGGAGGUUGAAAACACCUACCCAUGCACGAUACCUUCUUUCUGCUACUCGUCUACCGGGUCUUCAGCCAGCUAUUUGUCUGUUGAGCACCUCGGCGGUGAAACGAGAUAUUCGACUUUCAUUUGUGAAUCCAGAAAAGGCGGAAAUUGUUACCAGGAGACGGUUGUUUAAGGAGGACUAUAAAUUCGACUGUGACGCCUUCUACGCUGAUGUUGUGUGUUCUUCAACGAUGGAAGAUACUUUGGAAGUCCUGGUGGUGACGCGUCACUCCAUUCAUCGACUAAUGGGCAAAGUGACCUAG